CCGCGGCUGCCGCAGCUUCUGAGAGCCUGGAAAAGGGGAAGCGAGAGCGAGCGGACGACUCAGUCCCCGGGCGGCGGCGGCGGUGGCGGUGGUGGUGGCCGGAGGGGCGCGACGGCCGGGACAGGGGCGCUGCUGCUGCGGGGGGCAGGCGGCGGCAGCGGGGGCGGCGGCCCGCACCAGCCAUGCCGAAUAAAAACAAGAAGGAGAAAGAAUCACCAAAAGCAGGGAAAAGUGGAAAAAGCUCAAAAGAAGGGCAAGACACAAUAGAAUCAGAGCCAAUUCCCAGCAGGAAAAACAGCCUUGUUGCUGUCCCAUCUACAGUGUCUACUAAAAUAAAAGUACCAGCCCCUCAGCCUGUAGCGAAGAAAGACAAACGACAAAAUUCUUCAAGGUUUAGCGCAAGCAAUAAUAGAGAACUUCAAAAACUGCCAUCUUUAAAAGAUGUUCCUCCUGCUGAUCAAGAGAAGCUUUUUAUCCAGAAGUUACGUCAGUGUUGUGUCCUCUUUGACUUUGUUUCCGAUCCACUAAGUGACCUAAAGUGGAAGGAAGUAAAACGAGCUGCUUUAAGUGAAAUGGUAGAAUAUAUCACCCAUAAUCGGAAUGUGAUCACAGAGCCUAUUUACCCAGAAGUAGUCCAUAUGUUUGCAGUUAACAUGUUUCGAACAUUACCACCUUCCUCCAAUCCCACGGGAGCAGAAUUUGACCCAGAGGAAGAUGAACCAACGUUAGAAGCAGCCUGGCCUCAUCUACAGCUUGUUUAUGAAUUUUUCUUAAGAUUUUUAGAAUCUCCAGAUUUCCAACCUAAUAUAGCAAAGAAAUAUAUUGAUCAGAAGUUUGUACUGCAGCUUUUAGAGCUCUUUGACAGUGAAGAUCCUCGGGAGAGAGAUUUUCUUAAAACCACCCUUCACAGAAUCUAUGGGAAAUUCUUAGGCUUGAGAGCUUACAUCAGAAAACAGAUAAAUAAUAUAUUUUAUAGGUUUAUUUAUGAAACAGAGCAUCACAAUGGCAUAGCAGAAUUACUGGAAAUAUUGGGAAGUAUAAUUAAUGGAUUUGCCUUACCGCUGAAAGAAGAGCACAAGAUUUUCUUAUUGAAGGUGUUAUUACCUUUGCACAAAGUGAAAUCUCUGAGUGUCUACCAUCCCCAGCUGGCGUACUGUGUAGUGCAGUUUUUAGAAAAGGACAGCACCCUCACUGAACCAGUGGUCAUGGCACUUCUCAAAUACUGGCCAAAGACUCACAGUCCAAAAGAAGUAAUGUUCUUAAACGAACUAGAAGAAAUCUUAGAUGUAAUCGAACCAUCAGAGUUUGUGAAGAUCAUGGAGCCUCUUUUCCGGCAAUUGGCCAAAUGUGUCUCCAGCCCACACUUCCAGGUGGCAGAGCGAGCGCUGUAUUACUGGAAUAAUGAGUAUAUCAUGAGUUUAAUCAGUGACAACGCAGCAAAGAUUCUGCCCAUCAUGUUUCCAUCCUUGUACCGCAACUCAAAGACCCAUUGGAACAAGACAAUACACGGCUUGAUAUACAACGCCCUGAAACUCUUCAUGGAGAUGAACCAAAAACUGUUUGAUGACUGCACACAACAGUUUAAAGCAGAGAAACUGAAAGAGAAGCUAAAAAUGAAAGAGCGAGAAGAGGCAUGGGUUAAAAUAGAGAAUCUAGCCAAAGCCAAUCCCCAGUACUCAGUGUAUAGUCAAGCGAGCACCAUGAGCAUCCCGGUCGCAAUGGAGACAGAUGGGCCUUUAUUUGAAGAUGUGCAGAUGCUGAGAAAGACAGUGAACGACGAGGCUCGUCAGGCACAGAAAGAUCUGAAAAAGGACCGUCCUCUUGCACGUCGCAAAUCCGAGCUGCCUCAGGAUCCCCACACCAAGAAAGCCUUGGAAGCUCACUGCAGAGCCGACGAGCUGGUCUCCCAGGACGGGCGCUAGCCUCCCGGAGCACAGCGUCUUCUCUGGAUUCUGUAGAAAAUACGUACUUCUCGUGCCAUACCAAUCAGUUACACUCAAAGUCAAAGCUUUCUUCGACCCUGUUCUGUAGGCAAUAACGUACGUCCGCCUCAGCUCGAGAUUAGGAGUUCAAACAAUGGUGACUUCUCAGAUCCUGUUGGCAGAGCCGUGGGCUGGUGACGGCAUCGUCACGAUGUCGUCACCACCCCAGCAGGUCCUAAAUAAGACAGUUUCACAAAAUCAGAGCUGUAGGAAAGCACCCUGCUCAUCACCUUCAUGUUCCACCCAGACGGAAUUUGUGACCCUUUAAAAUAGGUGGUUCUAUGAGAAUAUCGAUGUUUUUCAAGUCCAUGGAACUCUUUAAAAAGUAUUACCAAUUUUUUAAGACUUUACAACCUUUGAAAUUGUUUCCAUGUGAUUGUUACGCCAGUAGUUUUGUUUGUUUUUUAAUCUCACUGAAAUGGCUCUUUGCUUUCAUGUUCUAACACAACGAACUGGGAAAGUGACAUGACAGUCCUUAGGCGCUGGUGUUUUCUAGGCGAUUUCUUUGCUUUGACAGGCGGCAUGUCCACCAUGCCCUACUUCUCUUAUGUGUACCUAAAGCCAUAUUUUUAAGUCUGUGGUACAGCAUCAGGAAACCAGCAGGAAGCUCGUGGAAGAAAUUUAUUUUAAAAGAGCUUUCUCUGUCUACCUUCACUAAAAUUGGAAUUUAAAAAUUAUGUGUUUAUAUCUUUAUUUGCAGAUUACUUUUAAUCUUUUUUUUUAACAUACUGUUGCCCUUCAGCAAGUCUCUUGAAUUAGUAAGAUUAUAGUCUCUUAAGAAUUCCACAUUUUAUAGAAAGUUAGAAGGAAAUCAUUUUGAGUUAAGCCAGUUCUUGGCCUGAUGCCAGCUAGCUGGCUUUGGGCAUAAAGUGCACGCCGGGCACCGCGAUGGCGUCCACUGACCACCGCAGCAUGGCUCUCACAGGUUAGGGGAGCACCGGCGAGAAGACGUUCAGUGCAUCUUUUUCUGCUGAAAAGAGCGCACAUUAUAAACACCUCAUAAGGAAAAUACAGUGUCUGAGUUUUCAUUAGUCUUCAAGUGCUGCUAGACAUUUCACAGACUUCCCUGCAUGUACUGAGCUUUUGUUUUAGAUGGAAUAGCACGAGGAGAAAAAUCUUUACACUUAGCGCUUUGUCUAUUCUUUAUUUCUCUCAGGGUGGCCAGUAUUUUGACUUAUUUAUCCUGCUUGAAAGCUGCUUGAGAUGUGUACUGCUAUCCUCAACAAGAGAUUCUAGUUUCUUUUGUGUCUGGCAUAAGAUUAUAUAUCUUAAUGUUAAGUGUCUUGAUGCGUAAAAGAUAAAAUGUGGCUUCUUUUAGGGUCUGCUUUUUAACCGAGGUCUCGGGUAUCCAUUAAAAGAUUGUGAAAAGCAGACAUUGAUCCUUGUGCAGCUGUAGUGCCUCCUGCCCAUUGGUUUCAUUUAAAUCCAUUGACGUUGUUUCCUUGUGUCUUGGAGGAAAAUCAUCUGCGGGGAGGGGACUUCUUGUGUUAAGAGCAAGCGCAAGUACUAAAUUAAAAGAUCGCCCCAGCUGAAAGUGGACAGGUCCACUUUGUGAGAACACUUCCUGAGAAACUUGACAAGUAUCUAUCCAUUUUACCAUUAUGAAAUCUAUAAUUUAAAAAAAAGUUUAGAUGCCUUCUCCUUUUGAGGGAAAAAGGGUGCUUCUUAUUGUAUAAAGCAGCGUCUUAUGUAUUUUGAUAUACCAUUGUUUGAACUUCUGUCUUUAGCUGAUAGAUUCUCAGAUAUCCUUGACUGUGGAUGUUUAGUAUGUUUGUGAGAGAGGUUUCUGGGAAGCCUCUCUUUUUUUUUUGCCCUAGGGAAAAGCAAAAUAUCCAUGUUUGGGUGAUUGUGUAAAGCUCAACAUGUAAGAACAUCUUUUGUCUAGAUUUUAUUUCUGCUCUUUAUUGAAGACAAACACUCACCAAAAAGGAAAAAAAAAAAAAGUUUUGAGAGAAACUAAUUUUCUUUGGCAAGAGUAUUGCUUGAUAUUUUGGCCUAUUAAAGUUUCCCUAGUUAGGGCUCGGGUUCUCUGGGCUAGUUCUUCAGCUUCUGUGUUAUGAUAUGGACGCACUGUUUCAUCUGUACCAAACUGAUUUCAAAAGCACGACGUUGAAACUAAACUGGUGACUGUUUUUCUUCAUCAAGUUCUGCGUUUGGGCCUCUUCACUCUUUCCAAAACAUAUCUAUACAUCAGAAAUGUCACUAUUCCGAGUGUCUUUUUAGUGUGGCUUUAGUAUGGCUUCCUUUUAAUAUUGUACAUACAUUGUAUCUUUGUUUUAUGGUAAUAAGUAAUAAAAAUGUAGACUUCAUAUUUUGUACAAAAUGUCCUAUGUACAGAAUAAAAAAGUUCAUAGAAACAGCAAAAA